AUGAUCAGCCCACAUGUGGAGCAUUGCACUACUCAAUUAAUCACCAGAGGAGCCUGCCACAAUGCCAUGGAUGUCCAGUGUGAACUCUUCCCUCACCUAAAUCCUGCCACAGUCUGCAAAAUGUUUAUUAGGAAGGGUCUGAAUGGGAGGAUAUGCAGAAAGAAACGAUGGCUAUCAAGGAAGCAUAUUUGA